GCCAUCCCGCGCGGCUGUCACAGUGACCAUAGUGUUUGUUUGUUUUUUUUUUAUGUGAGUUUCCGCUCGCGGCUUCGUUGGUUUGGAUUUUGUUUCGAUAAAUAUCCUGAAAAGGAUUUAUAAGUAAAUUAAUUAUACGUUUCUAUGGAAAGCAAUUCGAAGUGACAUUAAACAAUGUCGAAAGCGAAGCAGACGCUACUGCACAUCACCUUCAUCGUCAUCAGCACCUCGUGCCGGUGUGACAAGUUCGUGAGCAUUCCGUCCACAGUGAAGACGUACGAGAACGAUACUGUGCUGCUGCCGUGCGAGACUGACAGCGCUGCUAGCUACCACGUCCGUUGGUACAAGGACACCCGCUUGGUGGCCGACAGCGAGCAGGAGCGAGAUUCAGCUGAAACAGCGCGCGCGCACAUGCACGGCAACUAUAGUCUGCAGGUCUUUGGUCUGACGGCUGAAGACUCGGGGGACUAUACUUGUGAGAUUAUUCGACCCGAGCCCAUGGGACUUAUGAGGCAAACACAUACCAUAGAAGUGCAAUUCGCGCCCACGGUGCGGACCGUCCCGGAGGACGGUUACCUGGAGGUGAGCAAGGGGGAGUACGUGGACAUCGGCUGCGACGUCACCGGCACGCCGCCGCCCGUCGUCAACUGGAGGAAAAACGGAGAAGAGAUAGCCCUGCUGGAUCACCGCCACCGCAUCAAGUUCAGGGCUGAGCACCGCUUGCUGGCCGGAGUAUACGAGUGCAUCGCGCUGAACGGAGUGGGGGAUCCGGUGAAAGCCAGCAUUAGGGUUGUCAUACAGGACGCGCCAGUGGUAACAGCGCAGCGCAGCUUCGUGCACACAGCGGUGCGCCUGCGCGCGGCGCUGCUGGCGACGCUGGAGUUCGCGUCGCCGCCCGCGCGCACGGCCUGGCUGCGCGACGGCCGGCCCGUGCGCACCGACGACAGAGUGGUGAUCAUGGUGCUCGACAACGUACACCAGCUGAUCUUCCGUUCGGUUCGUAAGACCGAUCUCGGGAACUACACCUUCCGCGCCGAGAACAAGUUGGGCAUGACUGACGUAACUUUCAAGCUCACUGGCAUCCCAAACGUGGCGUCCUUCAAAGUAGACCCUACGCGCAACAAGGCGACCGCGACCAGCUUUACUCUCAUCUGGGAAGUGGAUUCUUACUCCACUAUCAUAGAAUACAACCUGUGGCUGCGGCCGUACUACGGGCGUCCAGAAGAAACGAACGGACCCACAACAGGGGCUCCGAAUAUCUGGAGUAAGAUUGUGGUGCCCGGGGACGCACGAGACGGCCCUAUACACAGCGCAGUGUAUACUGUGAGGGGACUGACGCCUUCUACUGUAUACGAAGCUAUUGUCAAUUCUAGGAAUAGAUUUGGGUGGAGCAAACCGUCAGCCGUGCUUCACUUUGCCACAGAAUCUGGAGGUUACACCCCUCCAGCGACCCUGGACGAAAUGGAAAUCACCCCCAUCCUCGAAGACGAAGAGCCUCAUAACAUAACACAAUCCAAAAACCUCUUGUUUACCAACUCUCCUUCACAACAUUCGUCUGCCUCUGCCGUUGUUAUAUUUAUAUUGCUAGCGGCAGUUUUUCUUAGAUGAUUGAAAGGAGAAAUGUGUGGCGUGUAGUUCCGCCCUAGAACAGGACCACUCCAUGUUCUCCAGAACAUCCACGGGCGGACAACAAAAACGAAUUAAGGAACACGAAAACAAUUUUGAGAUUAUUUUUUGUGCUGACACCGGACUUCGGGGCGUCGUAGCCCCGAACGCACCGUGAUUAAACAAAUAAGUAUUGAAAUGAGUGGCAUAAUCUUCACUAUACUUAUAUAUGAUUUUAGAGGGGUUCCGGUCCGCGCGUAUUUUUUUUCGCCGCUAUGUGCGUUGAUAGAUUAUAGAUAAAACAUUUAUUUGUAAAACAGCAACACAAUACACAACCAGACUAAAAACACAAAAUAUCGUCGCUGCAAUGUUAUUCGACUUGGUCAAUGUCGCUUCAAUAAGUUUUCGCCAAAACGUGCGUCGCUUUGGCGUCAUUCGACACCACACGUGGGAGCGGUUGCUAGUUUAGCGUUGAUUUAAAUUGUACAAAAAACGGUCAUUGAUGGUUAAUUGGGGUUAUCUUGUAAAUACAAAGUAUUUUAUAAUUAAUUUAUAUUUCACUAAUGAUUUUGCCCAACUUACGAAAAGGGUUGUUUGAAUUUAAUUGCCUAAACUAACACAAUUUUUAAGGGCCGUGUUAACACACUGCUUACUGAUAAUGUAUCUGAUAGUCUAUAGUAAAAAUUGUUUCACAAGUGUUGGAUAGCGCUACAUGGUCAAUUUCAUCAGGCAAAAUCUAGCAGUUAAUUUAUCUGUCAGAUUACAAUAAUGAUACUUUAUUAGUAAGUGAUGAAACAGGUCAAUUGUUACAAAUCAUAAUACUCCCAGAUUCUUACAUGUUCCUUCCAAUUUUGAGUAGAUUAAGCUAUCUUGUAAAUAAAAAUUAAUUUUAUAUCUAUGGAUUAAAAAAUAUUCUGAUAAAAUUUA